AUAAAAAAUUUGCUGAAUUCAACGGUUGAGACAAUUGUAUAAGAUAAAGAAGGGAUCAAUGGCGAGUUGAAGAGUUCGGACCGAAGUGUACCGCCACACCAGCAGACAAAGGCUACUGAAAACCCUACAAAACCCUCUCACUGGUGUGUAUACUGAAUGGAGGCUGCUUCUUCUCUGAAAUCUGCGGCUGGGUUUCUCCAACUGAAGAAACCACAAAAUCCUUUGCUUUUUAGCUCUCCCAAUCAAGUAUCCACCAUUUCGACCAAGAAGUUUGCUCCAAUGGCGGCUUUCGCUUCUACCCCAGUCGUCAGCCUCUCCCAAACUUUCAUAAAUUUGAAGGAUCAGGGAAAGGUUGCAUUUAUCCCUUACAUCACUGCUGGUGAUCCUGACCUUUCAAUCACGGCAGAAGCAUUGAAGGUGCUUGAUUCUUGUGGAUCAGACAUAAUCGAAUUAGGCGUGCCAUAUUCUGAUCCAUUAGCAGAUGGUCCAGUUAUACAGGCUGCAGCCACCAGUUCCCUGGCAAGAGGGACCAAUCUCAAUGCAAUUAUUUCAAUGUUGAAGGAGGUGAUUCCCCAAUUGUCUUGCCCAAUUGCUCUGUUUACAUACUAUAACCCAAUUUUGAAGCGUGGGAUUCCUGAGUUCAUGUCCACCAUCAAAGACGUUGGUGUACAUGGGCUUGUGGUUCCGGAUGUUCCAUUGGAGGAAACAGAAAUUUUAAGAAAGGAAGCUGCGAAAAAUAAUAUUGAAUUGGUAUUACUAACAACACCCACUACUCCAAUUGAUCGAAUGAAGGCCAUUGCCGAAGCUUCAGAAGGAUUUCUGUACCUGGUGAGCUCGAUCGGAGUUACUGGUGCCCGUGCAUCUGUGAAUGAACGAGUUCCUGCUCUUUUAAAGGAAAUUAAAGAGACAACAAAAAAGCCUGUUGCAGUUGGUUUCGGCAUCUCAAAGCCUGAACACGCGAAACAGGUAGCAGGGUGGGGAGCCGACGGCGUCAUCGUUGGUAGUGCGAUGGUGAAGCUGUUGGGCGAAGCGAAAACUCCCGAGGAAGGGUUGAAGGAACUAGCAACCUUCACCAAGUCUUUGAAAUCUGCACUCCUCUGAAGACAUUUUAUGCGAUUUUUCUUCUUAUUGUUGCAAGUGCGUUACAUUCGAAGCAUGUAAUCCCCGCAUGACGUGAAAAUCUUACCAUUGUAGUUUCAAAAGUGCGGUCAAAAAUACAAGAUGGAAGGGUCAAUACAGCCCUUUUAUCCUCUCAA